CUGUCAUUAUGACCACUGUGUCAUUGAAUAAAAUCAGAAAUCAUUGAACAUCUCUUUUGUUUCCACCCAUAGCCCCACCCAUCGAUGUAAUUGCACAUUAUGAUUAAACCAAUGACCAAAUGCCAUCCCUUCCCAACAAUUCAGGAAAACUUUGCUUUCAGUUGGCUGUAUGAUCAUAAUAAUGGUAGCAAUUGUCAAAUUUUACCAUUUCAGCUUCCCAGAAAGUUUCUUUGCUGGUGUGUCACUUGAGCAGUUUGAAGACAGGCAGAGCUGAGUGGAAGGUGAAAUGGUUAACAUGAAGAUUGUAGAGGAGCCGUCUUCUUUUGGGAUAAACUAUCCGUACGGUCAGGGUGGCGCUGCACAGGAGUCGACACUAAAACUGAGAGUUCAGCCGGCCAAUUUUUCGGGCCCACCUCACUUCAGACGACUCGUUGGCCGCUGCUUCAACUCUAUUAUUGCAGACUACAAGUACAACUUUUGUCCAUUCUCAAACAUCACCCAACAUGAGCAAGGAGUGCACUGGAACCCAUACAAUGGUGUUUUAGGUGUGUGGCAGGAAUGGGAGGUGGAGAACAACACUUUUGUGGCCAUGUUGAUGAAGGACGGAGACAGCUGUGGCACAGACCUUUUCCGCUCUGUCAAAGUAUCCUUUGAGUGCGGCAAUGCCAGUAAGAUUGUGGAUGUAUCAGAGCCGGUGAAAUGCAACUACCACUUGGUGUUCAAGAGCCCCCUAGUGUGUCAUGCGGACGCCAUGUUGGUUUACCCGACCCUUGACCCUGAGCUCCAGGAGGCUUGGGACCAGCUGGAAGGGGAGGCAGCGCGUGGGGAACUCACAGACAAGGGAUACAAGAAAAGGUUGAGAAAAAUCCUGGAGAAGGCAGGGCUGCUGAUGACUCAGGAGAGCCACAAAAGUUUGGUCCAGAAGGCGGAGGAAGUGAAACAAGAACAGGUGAAAGAAGGAGAGUUUGAAUCGUUAGAUUCUUGCAAAGCGGAAUUCAAAAAGCUUCAGAACCAAGUGAAAAGCCUUAUGUCUCAGCUUGGUCUUGGAGGAAGUCAAAACGCAGUAACAGACGCAGAUCAGGCAACGUGACGUCCUAAGAUGUGCUGACAAGUGAUACAUUGUUUUAUAUUUUGUUAUAGAAGAACAGACUGGUUGACUCAUCAUAUCUGCUGAAAGAAAGUUACAGGUGUCCCAUGUUUGUGCAAUUAUAAUUUCACAUCAGUGUUGCAUGUGAUCCAUGCAGAUUUACAAAUGGUAUAACUUUUUAAAAAAAUGGCUGUUUGAAAAUUUGAAUGACCAUGAACAUGUUUCUUCAAGAUGCAAACAUUUUGGCCAAUGGAAGGGUAAAAGUAAACGUAAGCCCUACACUGAGAAUUUACUUGACCUUACUAUGCUCAUCCAGAGUAUCCCUUCUCAGUAGGGCCACAUUUGGGCUGCCAGGACAUCAUGUGGGACAAAUUCUUUUAACUUAUUGUAAGAAUGGGAGGCAGAAGUUUACUAUUACCUUUGUGGUUUUGACAAGCAAAAAGAGUGUGUUUAAUGAUGAAAAGACCUUCUCAGCUUUUCUUUUACUGACUGCUUUGUAAACAGAAACGCAAGAUUUGGAGGCAAAUUAUAGAUCUUUCACAACUAUUUUGAACCUCUGGUUGUAUUUGGGUAUUGUUGGUGAUAUAACUUAAAACCUGACAUUGGUAUUAAGCUUGGGAUUGCAUAAUCUCCCCCCCCCCCCCAUAUCAAUCAGUUUUAUUAGCAGAUUUUUUAAAGUCUGAAUAAGAUUAUGUGGCUUGCACAUGUGGUUUUUUUGUUUAUUUUUAAUAGAAUGUAUUCUCUGGUGUGACUAAAGAGAGACAAGGAACAUGAUUAAUUUUCACUAAUUAGCGUUUUCCUGGAUUUAGCGUCAGCAUGCUAUACUUUUUCAUUUAAAAUGCCUCAAGAAGCUACUUUCACAUUUCCUGUUGAUUAGUGGCGUGCUUUGUCUUUACCUACGAACAUGUGAAGAUAGAAAGUAAGCGUUCUUCUGACAGCAGUAUGGGAUUUACUUUUCAGAAUAUUAUGAAAUGUUGAUGUUUUGUACUGAUAAGCUUUUUAGCUACGGUCAUUCUGUCAAAUGGCAUUGGGGUGCAAGAUCCAACUCAUAUAAUUUCGCUUGUAUAGAGCUUAAUCUUGGUAAGAGAGAAAUUACAUUGAAGUGGGGGUUAUUAUUGGCUUGGUUGAAUUUAUUUAUGUUUGUCGUAUGUGGCUGCUGCAGCUGGAUCGGACACUUGCUCAACAGAUUGGUUUUCAUGUGUUCUUGGACAGGAGAGUAAUAGGUAUGGAGAAAAGGUACCACUCAUACUCCUGAGAGUAAGUGAGAGGGCUACCCAUCCAGUGGGGCAGUUGCACUUCUUGUUGGUGUUGAAGUUUAAGUGAACAGACUUCUUUUCUGUACAUUCCUCGCUCACUUGGUGUAUGUUUGUGGCCGAUGCUAAUGAAAUCCACUUAAUUAAAGCUAAUACAAAGCACAGCUGAUUAAAACCUGUCAAUUCUUUGCCAUAUCGACAGACCGAAGGGCUAGAACCCAAAUGGCCGCUGGAUCGGAAAAGUAAAAAGUAAAG